AUGGCGAUUCCUCUUCUCACCAACCACCAGAUGGGUGACUUCAGCCUUUCUCACAGAAUUGUGUUAGCACCAUUGACUCGACAGAGAUCGUAUGGAAAUGUGCCUCAGCCUCAUGCCAUCUUGUAUUACUCCCAGAGAGCCACCAAUGGCGGCCUUCUCAUUGCAGAAGCAACUGCAGUUUCGCCAACCGCUCACGGCUAUACCGACAGCCCUGGCAUUUGGACUGAAGAGCAAGUAGAAGCAUGGAAGCCCAUUGUUGACGGUGUCCAUGCCAAAGGUGGAAUAUUUUUUUGUCAACUUUGGCAUGCUGGCAGGGCUUCAAAUACAGAUAUGCAGCCUAAAGGCCAAGCUCCAAUCUCAUGUACGGACAAAGGACUGGACUUGGACUACCGACUCCCAUACUCACCUCCAAGAAAAUUGGCGACCGAUGAAAUCCCCGCGAUUGUCGAAGAUUUCCGAAUCGUCGCAAAAGCUGCCGUAAAAGCAGGUUUUGACGGAAUCGAGAUUCACGCGACUCAUGGCUACCUAAUCGACCAAUUCAUGAAAGAUGAAGUCAACGACAGGACCGACGAAUAUGGCGGCUCUCUGGAGAACCGAUGUCGUUUCGCCUUAGAGAUAGUCCAAGCCGUGAGCAAGGAAAUCGGUUCGGGCCGAGUUGGGAUUAGGAUUUCUCCUUUCGCGGACUAUCUAGAAUGCGGCGACUCGAACCCAGAAGAGUUGGGCCUGUACAUGGCCCAAGCCUUGAACGAAUAUGGCAUCGCUUAUUGUCACGUGAUCGAGCCCAGAAUGAAGUUAGGGGAUCGACUGUUCCAGGCCCAAGAAAGUUUGGUUCCUAUGAGAAAGGCUUUUAAGGGUACUUUCAUAUCUGCUGGUGGGUUCGCCAGGGAAGAUGGGAACAGAGCUGUGGAAGAGGGGCGUGCGGAUUUAGUGGCUUAUGGUCGUUGCUUCUUGGCGAAUCCUGAUUUGCCCAGGAGAUUUGAGUUGGAUGCACCUCUGAACAAGUUCGAUAGAGUCACGUUUUAUUCUUCCGAUCCUGUUGUUGGGUACACAGAUUACCCAUUCCUCGAAGAAUUUGGUCUCUAGGUUUUGCAGCACUGGUGGUUGUGCUUGUGUAACAGCAAUGCCAUUGGAAUUGAAAACCCUACAAACAUGUAUGAUUCUCAUUGAUCAAUAGUAUAACACCCUAGUCCAGCAGGACAUUACUUUUAUCAAUAUUUCCUUAAUAAAUUGUGA